UUUUUCAGCGCAGUCUUCUUAAUUUCUUCCCUUUCUGGGGGCUUUUGUUGAUUAGUUUUUCCGGGGACUUAUAUGGGAGUUUUGGUAGCAGGAUGAGCUUCCUUCCAUCCCUGAAGACAAUUACUGGCAGCUACCAAAGAAUCCUGGGCAGUAUUGUUCCACAAAAUGCUUCCGUGAGAUUUGCGAGUAAAAAGGCAGGAACAAGUACGAGGAAUCAGGGAAAGGGGAAUGCCAAACCCAAGCACAGAGGUUGGAAGCGACAGGAUGGUUCAACUGUGACGAGUGGAACACUUUUGGCUUUGCAGAGAACUCCUCGCUUCCAUCCGGGGCUGAAUGUGGGCUUCGGACGGAAUGGCACCCUGUGGGCAAUGCAGUCGGGAAAGGUGGUGAUCACGUGUGAGAAGACAGAUCUCAAUUGGAAUCACUCCUGGGUACAGAAGGCCUAUGCUGGACGUGAAGGACAAACCAUCUACAAGAAAUACUUCAAUGUCAUCCCAAAGAAGCAGCAUCAGAACUUCCGGUUAGUGGAGGAAGUGUAGCGUAGUUCCGCAGGAAAUGACAUGGAAGGGUAGUUGUUAAAAAUAAAAAGAUUAUAAUAAUGA